AAGAAUUCGCCUUGUGGGGACUUAAAUGUGUGUGUGCAAAAAGGGAUUUGCAAACAAAACUAACUUUUCCAAUCCAGUGUUGUAUGAGCCAGGCUGCUUAUAAUCAUGGGGAACAGCAUUUUUGUGAACUGCUGCAGGCAUGUCACCGACCUCAUCUUCCAGACACGCAGCUUUAGCUCGCCUGAUGAGCGGUCGCCGCUCUUACCAAAGCCUCCCACGAGCCGCGCCGGCUCCCCCGACGUGCCGGAAGCUUCCCGGGGCGCCGUGCCGUACCCCGACGUCAUCCCCAGCACGGCAGCGGUGGGAAGCCUGCAGAAACGCGCCGAACGCAUCCAGGACUCGCCCGAGGCCAAGGGCGAAGAAGCAGCAGCGACGGCCUGCGAUAACAGCUGCUGGAAAGCUGGCAGUGGUGCUGCCGGCCCGCUCCAGCGGCCAGGGGCAUCGUGUGCCGCAGCCGUCCUUCCAGCCGACCUUGAGGAAGGGCCGGCGGGGCCGUUAGAUCGCGCCGCGCUGCUUGAGGCCUGCCAGAGCCACGUGAAACCUGAGGACGGCGGCUCGGCCGCGGGGCCCGGUGCGGCCCGUGCUGUGCUUCCCCCCGGCCCGCGGCCUGGCCCCGGCCGCUGCGUGGAGCCAGCAGGCGGGGGGAGAAGCCCCCGCGUCCAGCAGACGGUCGCACCGCCCGGGCUCUGCGGGGAGAAGGCGUCCGAGAGCAGGGACACGAGCGCUGGCGCUGCGCAGACUGACCGCGCCGCAGGCCCCGGCGGCAGGCUGAGCGGGGGCCCCAGCCCCGUGGUGGUGCACGUGCUGCCCGCCAGGCAGCCCCAGAAGAGGAGGAGGAAGAAGAAGCUCCCGCCUCUAGGUGCUCACUGCAGUGGCGCUCCGUUGGGCUUGGUGUAGCUGGAGCCCCUCUACACCCGUGGCGGCGUCGGGGUGGCUGUGUACGGUCGUGGGAUGGGGUGGGAGGAAGGAGGGGGGGGACACAGGUUCUGUUUUCACUCGCAGCAGGGUGGAGGUGAGGAAGGGGGCCGGGGCCAGAGCCCAGCUGGGCCGGCUGUUGUCCCUUCCCCGGCUUCCUGGGCACAAGCAGCUCGGCUUGCUGCUGCUUGGGUCUCAAGGUCAAACCUGGCCUCUGUGGCACUGCGGUGUCGUUCAGUCCCUGUGUGGCGGCCGAGCUGGGUCUCAGUCGCUGGCUCUCGGUGUAGCUGGUGGCUUGCCGGGGGUGCUGCAGUGACACUGACGUGGGGCUGCCCGGCUGCUGUUUCGGUGCCUCGUUUGCUGCUUGUGCCUCUGCCGUGCCGCCGGAGGUGUUCAGGCCUCGCGGCAAGGAGGCCGUGUGGGGCUCUCAGCACCUGGAAGUACCUCUGGGGAGGGAACGACAGGACCUGUGCCCUUGAAUGGAACCGGAGCUCACAGUCAGAAACACAUUCUGUUGGCACUGGCACUUCUCCCACCCUCUGUACCAGGCUACUUUGCUGCAACAUCUUCUGAUACUGUCAUCAGGAAGCUAGUGACUGACUUUGGUUUAGAAGAUUUCUGUGAACACUAAUUAGUUAUUAAC